AUGGAUGAAAAAAGCUGGUAUACCCCUUUUCUUCCAAUUGGAGAAUAUAUCAAAAGUAAUUUUAAGAUGUUUCGUGAUACUCGAGCAUCUCUGGGUCUUUCAAGUCCAGGAACAGUUGAAUAUUUGUCAAAAGAAGUUCAACAAGAUGUAUUAUUAACUCGGAUGAUGUUUAGUGGUGCGAGAGCAGAUUUAGGGAAAGUAUUUUCUUGCAAGGAUAAUUGUACGUUUCAGAUUACACAUUCUUUUUUCUUGGGGACUCAAAUGUUUCCUCCAUAUAGUUUUGGAACAGUCUUUGGGACAAAAAAAUUUACUGCUACAGGAAAUAUGGAUUCCGAUGGGCAGUUGUCAAUGAGAUUAAAUUGUCAGUGGACACCUAGUAUGGCAUCCAAGAUCCAGAUGCAGUUAACACCAAUUUCAGGACAAUCAGUUGCCCAGUUUGAGCAUGAUUAUCAGGGUUCAGAUACAAGCAUUAAUGUAAAAUAUAUGAAUCCGUCAUUUUUAGAUAACGGAUUAACUGGGAUUAUUGUUGCUAAUUUCCUUCAAACAAUUACACCAAAAUUAGCGUUGGGUAUUGAGGGUGUUCUUCAGAAACCUCCUUCAGCAGCAGGUCCUGAAGAUACUAUGUUAAGUUAUGUUGGACGUUAUGUUGAGAAAGAUUGGAUUGCAACAGCACAAAUAGCAACCCAAGGCAUUUAUUCUUUUACUUAUUGGCGACGGUUAUCACCAAAAGUCCAAGUAGGAACAGAAUGUCAACUUGUGACUGCUUCACCUGAUAUGACCCCUCUUGGUGUUGUUAAAAGGGAAGGAAUCACUGCAAUCGGUGCAAAAUAUGAAUUUAUGAACAGUGUUUUUCGCGGACAAAUAGAUACAACAGGUAAAGUUUCAUGUUUAUUAGAAAGGCGUUUGGCAAAUACAUUAAUGUUUACAUUUUCUGGAGAACUCGAUCAUUCUAAAAGUUCUAUUAAUGUGGGUGUCGGCAUUACGCUUGAAAAUAAUAAUAGUCGUGAUGAAUAA